UAGAGAGAACCUCACUAAACUCCACUUCCAGACUGUAGCCAUGAAUGGACCAGCUCUCCUGCUGCUGCUUCUCACAGCCUGUGUGGUCAGAGGAGGAGUUAUUCAGUAUCUGAAUAUGAUCAUGUGUGUUCAGCCUGAUGUUAAUUCUCUGGCGUACAGUGACUACGGCUGCUACUGUGGCCACAAAGGAACUGUGACUCCAGUGGAUGAAGUGGACAAGUGCUGUCAGACUCAUGGAAGAUGCUAUGAGACAUUCAAAACGACUCCAGGAUGUGAAUCUACCUUUAAAAAUCCUUUCCUCCUCAUUUACAAAUAUAGCUGUGUUGAUCAACAGGUGACCUGCUCAG